UUGUCCUUCUAUAGUAUGUCCUCCUCUGGUACACUGACACACCUUUACACAUUCUACUCCACAUUCACUGAACCCCUCUAUCCUGGGUUUGGGGUUUGCUCCUCCUCCUCCUCAGUGACCCUGUGUCAGAUAGAUGACCAACACAUUCAGAGAGACCAUGGUGGAGAGAGUUGGAUCAAGCCUGGACCUGGGAAAUGGAUUCCUCAGAGCUGUAAGACUUGUGACCAUGUUGAGGACUCCACACACUGGCUUCAGAUUGAACCCUUGACUUCCACUGUCCAGGGAGUUACAAUGUUCAGACACAGGACACCCAAAGGGAGUUAUGAGUGCACAGUGUCUGGGCUCCGCUGGCUGUGUGAGAGAGAUGUCAUUCUGAAGUAUCACUUCAGGAACUGUGAACCCUACAGUCACCUUCUGAAAGACAUGCAGUACACACAAGGUGGUCCAUUGCUGGACAUCACUAUGGAGUUAGGUGAACUGGAGGAAGUUCAUGUGCCACACUGUGUCUGUUUAGGGACCAACCCUUCCCUGAGGAAUGAGAUGAAGAUUCUUCAUGUAGAGGAACAUGGAGUGUCUUUAGAGGAAGUGCAUGAGGUUACCAGAUUCCAUGCUAAGAUUCUCCAUCCCAAGUUCUCAGCUAUCUCUAUUAUACUGAGAUAUAUAUUUUCUUGGAACGUAGAUGUCCACUGUGAGCUGAUGCUCUAUCUGACAGUGAAAAAGGAAACACUAAUUCCACGCCUAUACCUGUUCCCCAGUAACCCCGGCCAAAUGCAGGCUGUGGAAGAACAGGAAUCAAAGUUUCAAGGGUCUAAAAGGAUUCCCAUCACAAGACCAGAGCAGUCCUUCAAACUGAAAAGUUCCUUCAGACUGAACAUUCCCUGUUCUACCUCCAUCUUUCCACCGAGGAUUCAUCUCAUACAUAGAGACACCACACCAAGCUUUUUCAAGGUGGUUAUGAAAAUUACAGGGAUUGAGAUGGAGUUAAUCGGUGAUGAUGAGAGGACAGUAUGGAAAGAAAUUGUACCAACAGAUGAAUACAUCACUGAAACCCAUUCAACUAGUGCUGUGUUGGGGGCAGGAGGUCCGGCUGAGAGCAGUCUGACUGGUUCUGCAGAGCAGCAGCUGCGUUCUGUACGGACAGAGUUUGUGAAACGAGUGUCAAGACCUGUCCUGAAUGAACUGCUGGACGGACUCCUGCAACACACAGUCAUCAACCAGGAGGAAAUGGAGUCAGUGAAGGUGAUAGCUGAAAGGGCAGAGAAAGCACGUGACAUCAUCGACAUGGUGUUGAGAAAAGGAACUGAGUCAUGUUCCAGGAUGAUGAACCUUCUUGGGGAGCUGGACCAAUGUCUUUGUUCACUGCUUCAGAUCAACAGUGUUGGGCUACCAACCUAAUGGUAGAAUGGAUAGUAACAGUGUUGGGGUACCAACCUAAUGGUAGAAUGGAUAGUAACAGUGUUGGGUUACCAACCUAAUGGUAGAAUGGAUAGUAACAGUGUUGGGCUACCAACCUAAUGG